AUGAUCGUAGAAGCCGUAAGACCAUGUGCAUACCUAGACAUUGAUAUUGAUUCCAAGCCGGUGGGCCGCAUAGUCGUAGAGUUAAAGGACGACUUGGCCCCCAUCGCUUGCAAGAACUUUCUUGCCCUGUGCAACCACAAACUGUACCAGCACAACCACUUCCACAGAACGAUAAAGAAUUUCGUGAUACAGGCAGGUGAUCUUGUGUACGGCCAGAGCAGCAACCUAGAUGUGUCAAAAAUCGGACAGGGAAGCAAGGGAGGACCCUUUGAGGACGAGAAUGCAUCGGAGCCCUUGGAUCUGCCCUUCAUGCUCUGCAUGGCCAACGAUGGGACUCCCAACAACAACGGCUCGCAGUUCUUUAUCACGACGUAUCCACAACCCCACUUGACUGGCAAACACACCGUAUUCGGUAGGGUAAUACACGGAAAGUCCGUAGUUCGAGAAAUCGAGAGAGUGGACACCGACUCCAAGAACUUCCCCACGUUACCGGUGGUUAUUACGGACUGUGGUGAGUGGGAAGAGGGAAUGCCAGUCCCAAUUUUCAACGCUUCCUAUGACCAGAGAGGUGGAGACAUCUACGAAGAAUACCCGGACGAUGACGUUCACAUCGACAAGGAAUCAUCUAAGAGCGUGUAUGAAGCUUCCUCUAAGAUCAAGCAGAGUGGGACCCUCCUCUUCCAGGCCGGUGAUAAGGAAGCUGCCAUGCUUAAGUAUAAGAAGUGCUUGAGGUACGUAAUGGAGUACAUCCCGGAUCAAGACCAAGAGCCCGAGUGGUACAAGCUCUACUUUGAGCUCAAAAUCAAGCUCUACUUGAACUUAUCCCUAGUCUACCUACAGCUCAAGAAUUACACCUCUGCUGUGGCAUACUCCACGUAUUUGAUAGAGAUGGAUGAGCUGGUGAAUCUUAUUUCGAAGACAGACUAUGCUAAAGCACACUCCCGUAAGGGUACUGCACUUAUAGAGUUGAAGAAGUACACAGAGGCGGCCAGAGAGCUUACUACAGCGUUGAAGUAUCUUCCUAACGACAAGGGUAUUGCCAAGGAACUCGAGAGAGCCGAGCUCUUGUUGCAGAAGAAGAAGGAUGGAGAGAAGGCCAAGUACGCCAACUUCUUUAAGUAG